AUGCACAAAAGCCCCCACGUGUGUGAAAUUUGCGGUGCGGCCGGCGAGAAAGUCUGCAGCGAAGCGUACAUUUGCAAAACCACGUCGACGCACCGCUGCGAGACUUGUGGAAAGGACGCUGAAAUCUUGUGCGGCCAGUCGCUAGCGGACUUCGUGUGCCCGACCCCAAC